AUGAAACUUGCUCUCUUCCUCAUCUCUCUUGCUCUCUGUGUCCUCUCAGUUAGCUGUGCUUUCCGUACUCAAUACAUGUACCAAGGUACUGGUUGUCCAAGUGAAGCUUUCUACGUUUCCACUCGUGAUUUGACCACAACUUGUAAUGCCACAACAUGUGCUCCAUAUAACAAUGAAGAAAAUGUUUUGAGUAUUAAAUGGGAAUGUCCAACUGGUUUCCCAACUCCAGUUUCAAAGAGUGGUGAAAUUUACAUUUCCACAUUCGAUGAUGCCUCUUGCUCUGCCACCAGUAAGAAUAGAUAUGAAGUUUACAAGACUAAUGUCUGUAUCAAGAGUAGCGUUAUUUUUGGACCUUCUUAUAAUUCUGGUAAAUAUAUUGGAUGUGAAAAGUUUAUCUUGUACACUGAUGAUGCUUGUAAAACUGAAGGUUCUACCAAUUCUUUGACAAUGAAUACUUGUGGAACUGAUAAGAAGAUUUACAAGUGUGGUUCUGCUAGUGGAUUGAGUGUUUCCAUGAUGGUUAUGCUUUUGGUAGCAAUUUUGGGAAUGUUCUCUUUCUAA